UGCUGUAUAUUAUAUAACUGCACAGGUUUAUCUGGAGUCUGGUCCUAGCGUCGUCACUACCUCGCCGGGGUUAGACCAGGCGCUUACCAACACAUGAUGUCGGUUGUGCUGUUACUACACUCUGCACUCUGUGCAGAUACCGGAGUAGCCUUUGGUCAGCAGCAGUAGCUCGGGAGCCAGCCUUCAGUCCACCGAGACACCGAGCUUCAUGCGGAAACUGGGAAAGGUCAGUUUGAAAUCGUCCUGGGAUAUGCGGAGGCUGGUACAGCAAUUGCUAGCUUAAUUUAUGCACGUGAAGUCAUCAGAUCAGUUGCAAGGCAACACGGGCUGCUGGCAACUUUUGUUCCAAAGUAGGUAGCAGAAUUGCCAACAACACUUUUAGGUUUGCAGAAGAUGAAGAUGGCUCUGGAUCACAUGUUCAUAUCAGUUUGUCUAGAAACGGAGACAAUGUUUUUAUUGCAUCUGGUGAAUCAAAAUAUGGGAUGUCCAAGAUUGGGGAAGCGUUCAUGGCUGGGGUGUUAAAUCAUCUUCCUGCCAGCUUUUACUGCAACACAUCCUCUUAGAUAUGUUUGAAGUUAUGGUAUCAAUAAUUAAAUGUUACAUGAUGAAGGCUUAUAGGUUCUUGAAGACUUAAAACAUGAUAGAUUAUGAGCGAAUGCUACCUAAGACGCGAAAUGCAGCUUACCUCUGCUGGGGGAAAGAAAAUACAGAGGCACCAUUGAGAUCUGCUAGCUCUCCUGGAAUUGCAGAUGAUCUUGUAAGCCAUUUUGAAAUUAAAGCAUUUGAUGCAUGUGCAAACCCAUACCUGGGUCUUGCUUCUAUAACUAUGGCUGGGAUUGACGGCUUGCGAAAAGAUUUAAGUCUUCCGGAACCUAUAGAAGGGGAUUCUGAUGUCUCUGGUGAGAAGCUUCGAAGUGUACCAGAUUCUAUUUCUGAAUCUUUAAUUGCUCUAGCGGAAGAUACAUUGUUUACAGAAGUGAUGAGUGAAAAUCUUUUGACCGCCAUAAAAGCGAUUCGAAAGAUGGAGGUCAAGAACUAUUGUGAGCCUGAGAGGGACUACAGUCAGCCUGAGAUGGAUGUCUAUAAAGACCCACUCCAGGACAUUAUCUUCAAAUUUUAGGUUGAUCAUAUCCCGACCAAUCUAGAAUUUAUAGUCAGUGGGUUCAAAGCGAGACCAGUACACGUACUCACACUUGUUUUGCCCUAUCUUAUUUAUUUUGCUUCAUGUUAUGCACAUAUAUAAUACCAACAUGUUAGUAAUUUUAUUUGGACUGUCGUCGCUGUAUAAUUUUGUACCAUGCUUCAUUUCUUCUCGUCAGGAUAUGUUCAUAAGAGACUAAUCUCUUUCUGCGUGUGUUUUUACAUCUUAUAUGCAAACUGUUAUGUUCCUCGUUA